AGUAAACAAAUGCUUUUUACGUAAUUUUUUUUUAAAUAUGGUGAUCCAAAGACUUCUUAUUAAAAGUUUUUCUGUUCAAUAUAAGAGUUUAUUUGCAACAAAUUUUACAACAGGCGUAAAGAAUGUUUCAUCCAUUAUAAAUUCAGUUAGAAUCAAUCAGCAGCCUGUGACUUAUUCCGUUUUUACUUGUUGGCGUAAUAGUCACUCAUUCUUUUCAAGAACAACUGCUGAGCAACUAUGGAAAGGGGUUACAAGUGUAAGCCCUGCUGGAAGGAAGAGAGGGAGAGGAAGAGGAAGCAGCAGAAAAAUGGCUCGUGAUUUAAACAGAGGACAAGUUAUUGGUUUCGGCAAGAAAAAUAUGGUGUGGCCAGGUUUGAAUGCACCCAUAGUUCAAGGUAGGGAGAUUAUAAGACAGCAGGAAUUGCCUCCCGAUGAGGAAAGGCAAAAACGGUUGAUAGAGCUCCGGGACAAACAAGCAUCUAGGAGAUCCUAUAAAAUACAUCCCUUAGAAAGAGGGUGGAGUGGCAAAAAGCUUCCUGGACGCAGUGUAGGUGCACCAGAGGCAUAUGGAGAUGAAACAUUUGAAGGUUUUGAUUCUAGAGUUCUAGUGUUUAAACCUGUGUUUCAUAUGACAAAGCAGCGUGGAAGAGUAAGGUCAUUGUUUGCUUUAGUAGUAGUUGGAAAUAAAAAUGGUCUUGCAGGCUUUGCUAUUGGAAAAUCUGUUAAUGGGAAUACUGCUGCUAUUGCUGCUAGAAACAAAGCAGGGAAAAUGUUAAGGUACAUAAAUCGAGAUAAUACAACAGUGCUUCAUGACUUUUGUGCUGAAUAUGGCCCUGUAAAAAUUUUUGUGAAAAAGCGACCUGAAGGUUUUGGUUUAGUUUGUCAUCGUGUAAUAAAAGCAAUUUGUGAAGUAGUUGGCAUUAAAGACUUGCAUGCCAAAGUAGAUGGCCCACGUGACAGUUACUUAAGCAUUACCCGAGCAUUUUUCAUUGGUUUAAUGCUACAGAAAAGCCACCAACAGCUUGCUGAAGAAAAAGGUCUUCACCUGGUAGAAAUGCGAAACGAAAUGGACAACUUUCCAAUUGUGAGGGCAUCACCAACAAAAUGUCGCACUGAAGAAGAGAUUGGACCAACAGAACUUCUUGAUUAUACACUUCAUUGUCUUAACAAUAAAGUUGAAGAUGAGCGAAAAAAAUUUCAACCAUUUUAUGUCAAUUAUCCAAGUUACAUUAAAGAAAUGAAAGACAGAGAGAAACUUAGAAAUUUUAAGAAUGUAAAACUUCAUCUACUGGCAAAGUAUGGGUCUUUAAAAGGGUUUCUAAACAUUCGAGAAGAAGAAAAAGCCAAGCAACAGUUAAAGGAGACUGUAGAGCAGAAGUAAAAGAAGUUUCUUUUAUAUUAGUUUCUGUUUGCUAUAAAAUAUUUUGUGUUAUUUCUUUUCAAUAAAGUGUAUUGAAAUUUUUA